AUAUAGCUUUCUCCAAAUACUGUUCUAUCCUUUUCUCUCUUCUCCUCUCUCUCUCUCUCUCCUACCCACAAUAAUUAUAUUGGACUUAAAGAGCAUUAGCAUUUUGUCAAGUUCAACUCUUCAAGUACAAAGAAAAUCUCCUUACAUAUUUUUCCUGUCAAGUAAUCUGUAAACUUCAUGUUAUUGCACUGAGUUGGAUAAAAACAUGGAACUAAAAGACUCUUUCCAAGUAUCAAGAAUCGGUGAUGCCUACGACGACGAUGGCCAUCCCAAGAGAACCGGAACCGUGAAGAGCGCGGUGGCUCAUAUUGUUACGGCGGUGAUUGGAUCCGGCGUUCUGUCUCUUGCUUGGAGCACUGCACAGUUAGGAUGGAUCGGAGGGCCGGUUGCGUUGCUCUGCCUCGCAAUCGUCACAUAUAUUUCGUCGUUUCUUUUAUCCGAUUGUUACAGGACACCGGACCCUGUAACUGGGAAAAGAAACUACUCUUACAUGGAUGCUGUUACAAACAAUCUUGGUAAAAAAAGGACAGUGGUGGCUGGUUUCCUUCAAUUUGUGAUCUUGUAUGGAACUUGUGUCGCAUAUGUUAUUACCACAGCAACUAGUAUGAGGGCGAUUCUGAAAUCAAAUUGUUACCACAAGGAAGGGCAUGAUGCUCCAUGCAACUAUGGAGAUAAUUUGUAUAUGGUGAUAUUUGGAGCAAUUCAGAUAGUAAUGUCAUUCAUACCAGAUCUUCACAACUUAGCAUGGGUUUCAAUUGUUGCAGCAGCUAUGUCCUUCACAUAUUCAUUCAUAGGACUUGGACUUGGCAUAGCAACAGUCAUAGAAAAUGGAAGCAUUAUGGGUAGGGUAACAGGAAUAUCAACUAGAACUGCUGCAGACAAAAUAUGGUUGGUGUUUCAAGCACUUGGCGACAUUGCAUUCGCUUAUCCCUACUCUGUUCUCCUCCUUGAGAUUGAGGACACAUUAAAGUCUUCUCCACCGGAAAACCAAAGCAUGAAGAGGGCAUCCAUGAUUGCAAUCUUCAUCACAACAUUCUUCUAUCUCUGUUGCGGAUGCUUUGGAUACGCUGCGUUCGGAGAUUCUACGCCGGGAAACCUGCUCACUGGGUUUGGAUUCUAUGAGCCUUUCUGGCUUGUUGACAUUGCUAAUGUUUGCAUCAUUAUUCAUUUGGUUGGAGGAUAUCAGAUUUACAGUCAACCAAUAUAUGGUGCAGUUGAGAGAUGGUGCUCAAGAAAAUACCCCAACAGUGGUUUUGUGGCAAAAUUCCACAAAGUGAAACUACCCCUAUUGCCCCGUUUUGAGAUCAACCUCUUCAGGUUCUUUUUCAGAACAAUCUUUGUGAUCACAACAACUGUACUUGCAAUCCUUUUCCCUUACUUCAACGAAGUUCUUGGAGUGUUAGGAGCAGUAAACUUUUGGCCAUUGGCCAUUUACUUCCCAGUGGAGAUGUACUUCAAGCAGAACAAAAUUGAAGCAUGGAGUAAUAAAUGGAUUGUUCUAAACUUAUUCAGCUUUGCUUGCUUUCUUGUCACUGCAGUGGGACUUGUGGGGUCCAUUCAAGGAAUUGUACAAGCCAAGCUUAGUUCUAGUUAAACACUAUGCUUACUUUUCUCUGUUUUAAUUAGUUUGGUGUUAUUGCUGUAAGAAUAUGUAUGUGGCUAAGAGUGAAUAAGAUAAGAUAAUAGUAAGUUAGUAGAAUAAUAGUUAAUUAAAUAUAUAUGUAGGUUUUAUUUGUUUGUAGAACAAUCACCCUCCAAAGAAAAACAGGGUUCUAACAAAUAUAUAUAAUUGCUUGGCAAUUUCAUUGUAUUUUAUUAGAACAAGAAAUUAUAGUUUCUUUUUAAAUAA